AUGGGUCGUGUUAUUCGAGCGCAGCGCAAGGGUGCGGCGGGGUCGGUGUUCAAGUCCCACACCCACCACCGCAAGGGCCCCGCCCGCUUCCGCGCGCUCGACGUCGGCGAGCGCAGCGGGUACCUCAAGGGCGUGGUCACCGACAUCGUGCACGACCCCGGGCGCGGCGCCCCGCUCGCACGCGUCACCUUCCGCCACCCGUUCCGCUACAGGCAGCAGAAGGAGCUGUUCCUCGCCGCCGAGGGCAUGUACACCGGCCAGCUCAUCUACUGCGGCCGCCGCGCCAACCUCUCCAUCGGCAACGUCCUCCCCGUCGGCACCCUGCCCGAGGGAACCGUCAUCUGCAACGUCGAGAGCCGCGUCGGCGACCGCGGCGCCCUCGCGCGUUGCUCCGGCGACUACGCCAUCGUCAUCAGCCACAACACGGACAACGGGACGACCAGGGUGAAGCUCCCGUCUGGCGCCAAGAAGUUGCUGCAGAGCAACUGCCGAGCGAUGGUCGGGCAGGUCGCCGGCGGCGGCAGGACGGAGAAGCCGUUGCUCAAGGCCGGCAACGCCUACCACAAGUUCCGCGUGAAGAGGAACUGCUGGCCCAGGGUGCGCGGCGUGGCCAUGAACCCCGUGGACCAUCCGCACGGAGGAGGCAACCACCAGCACAUAGGCCACGCAUCCACCGUCCGUCGGGACGCUCCUCCUGGAGCAAAGUCGGGCCACAUCGCGGCACGGAGGACUGGAAGACGCAGAGGGCAAGCUGCUGUGGCAGCCGGCAAAUCAAUGUUAUGAGAUCUUUAAUCUGUGGCAGUCUGCCAGAUAUCUAUCAGCUAUGUUCGUUAGUCAGUUAUUUCGAGAUAGAGUUACGUAGGGUAGGCUAGGGUUUUGUUGGAUCGAUCGGAUUGUCUGGGUCCCGUUGUCGGGUUUGUUGGGUCAGACUCUUCGAGUGUAGGUAGACCCAUAGUAAAAGAAAAUUAAGAAGACUCACGUUUGAGAUUAUAUUCUUAUAUAGAUAAUAAGU